AUGCCCUUCGGCCGGAAGUCACCACUGGAGGCGCUGGCUAUGCCGGGUGCCAUUAUUGCGUACAAAUACAGCCAGUUCCGGCAGCGACGCCGGGAGGCAGCUAAUCGCCGCGUGACGGAACGGGAGCUGUCUGCGUUGCACACGAAAAUCGAAAAGCUGCUCAGCAAGCUGGAGGAAAGCGAACUGGAACCGCCGACAUCGCAGGAAGAUGAGUGCGUCAUCUGCAUCAAUGCACGCGCAACUAUGCAGACGUCACCGUGCGGCCAUCGGGUCGUAUGCCGCCGGUGCUUCGUCAAAACCAUCCAAAGUGCUGUGGCGCAACGGUUGCUUCCGCUGCGGUGUGUCAUCUGCAGGGCAAGAAUAAAUCGUCUUACGUCGGGUUCCACCUCGUGGCGGUUGCAAGGUUCGGCCAGCACGUACUCGAUGGGAAGCAAGAGUUGGAGCGUGCCGGGGUCGGCUAGUUCGUACAGCGUUGAUGCCCGGGUCACCCAAUCCGCCAGCCUGUACUCGAUGAGUUCGGGUUCGUCGUGCGUGUCCGGCAUCUCGAACAUGUCCAGCUGCUCCGGCACGUCCGGUACGUCCGGUAUGUCUUCCACGUCGUCGACCAGCGGUAUGACGGAUGGUUCGCUGCACGGCCACAGUCACCGGCACGGUGCGGGCGGAUGCACCAGCAGUUGCAGCACGAGCGGCUGCCUCGGUGCCAUACCGCGCAACCCAUCCUACCAGCAUUACCACAAAAAGGGACAAUACUACAUGAAGAAUCGUAUUCCGGAGAUGCCAAAUCGGUUGCCACCGAUCAUUGAGUUCAAAAGUCCAACACGCCACAGAACACCUUCUCCCGCCAAUCCGGGCGCUCGGUUCAAAUACUACACCCAGCCAGGCAAACCGGCGAACCCGGUCGAAUCGAUACCGCUGAUGACGGUGGAAAAGAUAGGCGGCCCGGGCAAGUCGGGCCCCUCGAAGCUCGGCCUGAACGCAAAAAUUGCACCGGUCGCCUCGAAGUCACCCAUCAACAAAACGAACAUGGCAACGGGCAAACCGGUCACCACGUCGCUGAUAACGGCCGUCAACAGUUCCACACCGAAGGCACGCGUGCUGUCUGCCGCGUCCGCCGGUUCCGCCGGCCCAUCCGGGCUGGGCGGUGGCAGUAGGGCAGGGUGUGGCGAUAGUAGCGGCGGUAUGGGCUGCAGCAGUAGCUCGCUGUCCACCAAGCAGGACGAAAAGUACGACAAUAAAAAGAACGAAACGAUCGAGAAGAAAAAGAAGGAAGAGAAAGCCAAACAGAAGGCGGAAAAGGAGGCCCGAAAGGAGGAAAAACGCAUUGCCAAAGAGGAGGAAAAGCUCGCGAAAAUGCUGGCAAAGGAGGAGAAAAAGCGUGGCAAGCGAGAGGCAAAGGAAUCACUGCUAGCGCACGAAGGCGGCAGUGGACUCAAGUAA